AUGGGCCCCAUCGAUACGUCACAGCGCCUAGCCCGCUUGAGGGAGUUGAUGCAAGAGAGGAAAGUCGAUGUCUACAUCGUGCCUUCAGAAGAUAGUCAUCAAUCCGAAUACAUUGCGCAUUGCGAUGGCCGCCGCGAAUUCAUUUCGGGCUUUACUGGCUCGGCGGGAUGCGCCAUUGUGUCGAUGACCAAAGCAGCACUGUCUACUGAUGGACGAUACUUCAAUCAGGCAGCGAAGCAGCUAGAUAGCAACUGGAUACUUCUGAAGAGAGGUUUCGAGAAUAUGCCUACUUGGCAGGAAUGGACUGCGGAACAAGCUGAGGGAGGCAAGGUCGUUGGCGUCGAUCCAUCACUCAUCACUGCCUUUGAUGCGCGCAACCUUUCAGAAACAAUAAAAAAGUGUGGCGGUUCCUUACUCGGUGUUCAGGAGAAUUUAGUCGACCUUGUUUGGGGUACGGAGCGUCCAGCUCGACCAAGUGAAAAAGUGGCUCUCCAUCCUAUAGAAUUUGCGGGAAAGUCAUUCGAGGAAAAGAUCAGUGACUUACGAAAGGAGCUCCAAAAGAAGAAAUGCGCGGGAUUCGUCAUUUCGAUGCUUGAUGAAAUUGCCUGGCUGUUUAACCUUCGAGGAAAUGACAUUCCAUACAACCCCGUGUUCUUUGCUUAUGCUAUUAUUACGCAAUCAACCGCCGAUCUCUACAUUGAUGAAGAGAAGCUACCAGCUGAAGUGAAGAACUAUCUGGGUGAUAAAGUUUCCUUAAAGCCAUAUGGUUCUAUUUUCGAAGACGCCAAAGUAUUGGGCCAAUCUGCUCAAAAUAAAAGCGAUGGUGAAGCUUCAACAAAGCCGCCCCAGAAGUUUCUCAUCUCAACGAGGGCGUCAUGGUCGCUUAGUCUUGCCCUGGGCGGUGAAAAGAAUGUGGAAGAAGUCCGAAGUCCAAUCACGGAUGCCAAGGCCAUCAAAAAUGAAGCUGAGUUGGAAGGAAUGAGAGCUUGCCACAUUCGCGACGGCGCAGCGUUAUCCGAAUACUUCGCGUGGCUCGAAAAUGAAUUAGUCAACAAGAAGACAGUUCUUAACGAGGUAGAUGCUUCCGAUAAGCUCGAACAAAUCCGAUCAAAGCAUCAGCAUUUCGUUGGGCUUUCUUUUGAUACCAUCUCAUCUACCGGUCCAAAUGCUGCAGUCAUCCAUUACAAGGCCGAACGUAACAACUGCUCUAUUAUCGACCCAAAAGCCGUGUAUCUAUGCGACUCAGGUGCGCAGUACUUGGAUGGCACUACCGAUACAACCCGCACUCUUCAUUUCGGUGAACCAACGGAGAUGGAAAAGAAGGCCUACACGCUUGUUCUGAAGGGUUUGAUCAGUAUUGAUACUGCUGUAUUCCCCAAAGGAACAACUGGAUUCGCUCUGGAUGCUUUUGCACGGCAAUACCUGUGGAAAGAAGGCCUAGAUUACCUACAUGGCACAGGUCAUGGUGUGGGGUCGUAUUUGAAUGUCCACGAAGGUCCAAUCGGACUAGGCACUCGGGUUCAGUAUUCGGAAGUUGCCAUUGCCCCAGGAAACGUGAUAUCUGAUGAGCCUGGUUACUAUGAAGACGGGGUGUUUGGUAUUCGCAUCGAAAAUAUUAUUAUGGCCAAGGAGGUAAAAACAACGCAUAAGUUCGGAGAGAAACCCUGGUUAGGCUUCGAACAUGUUACUAUGACACCCUUAUGUCAGAAAUUGAUCAACCCAAGCUUGCUCAGUGACGCAGAGAAGAAAUGGGUGAAUGAUUAUCACACUGAAAUUUGGGAGAAGACUAGCAAAUACUUUGAGAACGAUGAGCUGACUAGAAACUGGCUUAAGAGGGAAACUCAACCUAUAUGA